GGAAAGAGAAAAGUGACCGGAGGUAAAGGAGGAGAAGAGAAGAAAAAAAAAAACAUGCAACAACUCCAACCAGAACAGAGAGGAGGCAGCGAGUGUCUGAUGAAAGGAGAGAUAAGUUGGAAAGUGAGGGAGCAUAAAGUGUGAAGGAAGGAGGGGAAGAGAGAGAAGAGAUACAAAGGAAAGAGAGAAGUACUGUAGGAGGAGGGGGGACAAAAUGGGGGGAGUUGUCCCGCUCAGAAGGCAGAGAUCGUAAAACGCCCUCCUCCACAGCUGUGAACAUCGCAGUCACAAACACACACACACACACACACACACACACACACACACACACACGCGUUCACAUUGCUCACAUGCUACAGCUGUCUGCUAAAUCAAGACUCCACUUUUAUUUUGUCCCGUCUGUGGGCUGUGCUUACACACAUACACACUCACACACACACACACACACAGUAUGAUAGGGUCGGACAGAAACACAGAGGAAGCAGGCAGGGCAGCAAUGGGCUGGGAGCAUGGAGACUCCCAUUGACUUCUACAGACACUUCUCCUGGCUCAAAAAGGUGAACCUGUGUUCUCCAGCCAACAAUGAAACCUAUCAAGAACGACUGCUCCGCCUAGAAGGAGACAAGGAGUCUCUGGUGCUACAGGUGAGUGUUCUGACUGACCAGGUGGAGGCCCAGGGGGAGAAGAUCAGAGACCUAGAAAGUUCUCUGGAGGAACACCGGCUUAAACUGGCCUCCACAGAGGAGAUGCUGCAACAGGAGCUGAUAAGCAGGACCUCUCUGGAGACUCAGAAGCUGGAUCUGAUGGACGAGGUGUCCUACCUCAAACUGAAGCUGGUCAGCAUGGAGGAAACACACACCAACACACACCCACAGGAUCCCACGGACAAAGAGCAGAAUAAAGCCGAGUGUGUGGUAAAUUUCAUCAGUGAGCUUCAGGAGCAGAUGUGCAGGUUUCAGGAGGAGAUCAGCACUCGUAUCCAGGAGAAACGGGCCCUAGAGGAGAGGGAGGCCCAGCAGGGGGAGCCCGGAGGCAGCCAAGCCCAGGGCCACGGCCCUCAGGUCGGGUUAGCCAGCUCAGACCUGAGCCUGUCUGGCUCUGACGCCCGGAUGUACAAUGGAGGACUGAAUGUACACGAUUUGCUUUUAGAAGUGAAGCAGCUGAAGAGCAAAGUGGAGGAACUGGAGGGAGAGAAGGGCCAGUAUGAGAGGAAACUAAGAGCCACCAAGGCAGAGAUAUCCGAGCUGCAGCAGCUCCUGGCCUCCAAAGAUGCUGAGAUUGAAUGCCUGCAGACCCAGCUGCUGGCCAGAGGUGGCACAGCCAGUGACACAGAGAGAGACCAAGAAUACCAGAGACUGAAGGUGGGGAUGGAGUCUUUGUUGGCUUCAAAUGAUGAAAAGGAUCGACAAAUCGAGGAGCUGACCAUUCUGCUUGGUCAGUACAGAAAGAUGAGGGACGUCAUGGCACUCACACAGGGGAGCAGUGAAGAGGAGCUGAGUGGCAGUUUAAGGCUUAGAGCCAUCACACACAAAGCACACUCUGAUAUUGUCAGGUCAGAGAUUUCAUCAAGAGGGUCUUCUCCACUUAUGCUAUCUUCAUCUCCUUACCAGAGAGACUUGGACUCUAGUAUCCAGAACUCUAUGGACACAUCACUGUUGUCCACUGGAGAUACAAGCUUCCUUAAUGGAUCGUGGCAUCAGCGCAGGUUGCUUUCCAGCAGUCUUGAAGAGUUGCAGAGUGGAUCCUUACAAAAGGCUGUAGAGAUCCAGCCAGUUGAAUCAGACACAAGGGCAGAGAGUCCUCACAUGGAGCUGAGCAAGUACCAGACUCUGCCGGGGAAACUGAAAAGUAAAAAGAGCGAGCUGAGGUCUGAGCUAAACGGUGACAGAGACAGAGAUGGAGAGUAUUUAUCUCCUGUGCAGCUCUCUCCUGUCCACAGCCACGACCAGGACUACACUCUCAGGCAUCCGGAGAAGCUCGAGGAGUGUGUUCUGUCAGACCAGUCCCCACUGUCCUCUGGAGUGGACUCUGGACAGCAGUCCCCUGUCUCACCAGAGAACAGGAAGACUCACAGAGGCAUCAAGAAACUCUGGGGGAAGAUCCGUCGCAGUCAGUCAGGUAGUCCUGCCCAGGUUCAUGACCCCGAACUAGGAGAGUUCAAGAGGGGAGGAUUCAGAGCCACAGCUGGACCGAGAUUGGCCCGUUCAGGGAACACACGAGACCUGAAGAUGCCUUUUAGUAAGUGGAGCACAGAGCAGGUGUGUGACUGGCUCGAGGAAAUUGGACUCGGUCAGUAUGGCAUCCUGGCUUGUCAGUGGGUCUCCAGUGGUGAUACGCUACUGUCUGCCACCCCACAAGACUUGGAGAAGGAUCUAGCAAUGAAGAAUCCGCUCCACAGGAAGAAGCUGCAGUUAGCCAUCAAGACGAUCAGCAGCAAGCAGCCUGAGAAGUCUGCAGAGCUCGAUUACAUCUGGGUCACUCGUUGGCUUGAUGACAUCGGACUUCCUCAGUACAAAGACCAGUUUAAUGAAGGAAGAGUGGAUGGGCAGAUGCUGCAGUACCUCACUGUGAACGACUUGUUAUUCCUUAAAGUAACCAGCCAGCUGCAUCACCUCAGCAUUAAGUGCGCCAUUCAUGUUCUUCAUGUCAACAAGUUCAACCCCAACUGCCUCAAACGCAGGCCUAGCAAUGAGAGCCAGUUUGCUCCCAGUGAGGUGGUCCAGUGGUCCAACCACCGAGUCAUGGAGUGGCUGAGAUCGGUGGAUCUGGCAGAGUACGCACCAAACCUGAGAGGCAGCGGCGUACACGGAGGGCUGGUGAUGCUGGAACCUCGGUUUAACUCAGACACGCUGGCCAUGCUGCUGAACAUUCCUCCUCAGAAAACACUGCUGAGACGCCACCUAACCACCAACUUCAACAACCUGGUGGGAGCACAAGCUCAUCAGGAGAAGAGGGAGUACACCGAGGCAGCAGGGUACUCCCCACUUAACAUCACAGCUAAAGUUAAGCCGAAGAAGUUGGGCUUCUCUAACUUGACUCACCUCAGGAGGAGGCGGCCAGAUGAAUCCACAGACUACGUCUGUCCAGUCGAGUCGUCCUCGCCUCAGUCCGGACAGUCUGCAGUGAACGGGGUGCAGGUGCGGCCCUAUGCUGGCUUCAGAGGCCUGAGCCCAAUCCUAGACAGAGACCCCGACCGCACCAGGGACCAGGUGGGGCUCGACAACAGCAGAGCUGACCCAUCUCCAUGACAACAGCUGUGACGACAGCCAAUCAGCAGUCACUGCCACUACUCUGCUUCCUUUGCUUGCAGCCCAUAAUACCUCAGCCCAUCCCCUCCCUGCUCCUCUAAACCCCGCCCAUCAGCCCGACCCUGUGCCUUACGAGUGAAGAGAUUCAGAGACGCCCAGAUAAACCUGCCUGACUGUAUAACAGUCACAGCUGCUUGUCAUGAAGGGUGCACUGAGACCAUGAAUCUACACACUUGAAGUAUUUUGAUUUCAUAUCCAAUCAGAUGCCUAACUAACCCGACCUCUGCCUCAAACCUGUGCCAUGAUCUAACUCAUCAGGAGAGAACACAGCAUCUCUCUGGACUUCACUUCCUGUGAUAUCACUUCCUGUAAUCCAUACACACUAUAUGGAUAUCUCUUGUUGUACAGUAUUAAGCCAUUGCUCUAACAUUUGUGCACCACCAUUAGAUGAUUUUAUAUGUGUGUGAGUCUGUCAUUGCAUCACUUACACCUUUGAUUUUCCAGUUUAAUACAGUUGUGUCGUGUGCUUGAGAUAAACUUGUGCAAUAUUUGCAUAAUAUUAUGGAGGGCCUUUAUUUAAUAUUUAUGUCAUUGCAGAGCAAAUUAUAAAAUAGCAUGUUUAGUUUGAACCUGAGGUGGUGAUUUUGUACUGUUAUUUUCAUAUUUGCUGUAAUAGUAUUUUUAUAGUAAAGAAAAUCCUGCUCCGCUAACGGAAGCUUAAAACAUGUGGUCAUGUAAAUGUAAAAAGAUUUAUCAAAUCAUUUAAUAAACAAAAUCAUACGUGUGUAAA